AUGAAUAAGACUCCAGGUACAUGGCUAAAACGCCACCACGCCUUCCUGUGCCUGGCCUUUGUGUGGAUGUAUGCAGCUUUCUGGGCCACCAUGCCCCUGAUUGGUUGGGGGAACUAUGCCCCGGAGCCCUUCGGGACCUCCUGCACGUUGGACUGGUGGCUGGCCCAGGCCUCCGUGUCCGGACAGAGCUUUGUGAUGGCCAUCCUGUUCUUCUGUCUCAUCCUUCCCACAGGCAUCAUUGUCUUCUCCUACGUCAUGAUCAUCUUUAAGGUCAAGUCUUCUGCGAAGGAGAUAUCCCACUUUGACGCCCGCAUCAGAAACAGCCACAGCCUCGAGAUGAAACUCACUAAGGUGGCUAUGCUGAUCUGCGCAGGCUUCUUGAUAGCCUGGAUCCCUUAUGCAGUGGUGUCAGUGGUGUCAGCGUUCGGGGAGCCAGACUCGGUGCCCAUACCCGUGUCUGUAAUUCCCACACUGCUGGCUAAGUCCUCAGCCAUGUAUAACCCCAUCAUCUACCAGGUUGUGGACCUGAAAAAUUCCUGCAUGAAAUCCUCCUGUUUUAAGGCUGUGAAGGAACGCAGGCAUUUUAGGAAGUCAAGGUAAAACGGACUGUUAUCUUUCUAGCCUUUAUUCCUAAGAAAUUGUAGACAAAGCAUAGCUUUCGUUCAGGCGGAGCACUGGAGUUACGCAUGCAGCUGACUGGGAUCAGUGUUUUUUUUCACGCUUCAUAAUCAUCGGCCCAUGCAACAGUUGUGUGGCUACCAGCUGACCAGACACAUCCCACAUACAGUAUUCAGUCAGGUGUACAGGGCGGA